AUGGCGACACAAGAACGAUUCGACACACUUCUGCAGAAAUGUGUCCGUACGACUCCAGAGGAUCUUUCUCCGACGAGACUCUCGUCGAGAGGGAACCCAUAUUCCAGCGAGCGCUCACACGAAUCGCAGGACGCCGUUUUCUUACGGCAGAGUGGUCGUCGUCGCCUUCGAUUGCUCAACCUUCACCGUCGUACGGUCGGACCGAAGACACGCCGCCAUUAG